UGGCUAGUUUGUAUCGGUGAAAGUUGGCGGCCUGAAAUAUAUUUUUUUUUCGACGUCGUGUGACGUUAGCGAUGUCGUCUCGCCGUGAAUAUCAGAUUCCGCGGGAAAAGUACUUCAUAAAAUUAUUAUAUAAUGAGAAGAAGGUGUGCGUUGCACGUGUUUUCAUAAACACGAAGAAAAUAUUAAAAUUGAAAGUUUUUUUUCACAACUGUAUUUUUUAUACGUAUUUUGGUGGUAAAAACGGAGUACUUUGUGGUGUUGUUGCUAAAUUAUGGGUGAGUUUUUCAUUUAUUUUGACUGAAUUUUUUUUUCAUGUAGAAAUAUUUAUCCACGAAAUGGAUUACUACAUUUUUGAUAUUUUUUCUCAAGGUGAAUCCGGUGAAUCUAGUAGUUCGUUACAUCGUUAUCCCUCGUAUAGUGAAUUUCACGAGGCUUUGGAUUCAUACGAAGUGAAGACGAAAACUCAUUACACAGUUUUGUCAGAAACCAAAGAUUUCAACAAAGAUCAAUGUUUACAAGAGGUUUUAGAAGCCUCUUCAUCACCUCAAAUUUGUUGGCAAUUAACACAUAAAGAAGACAGUCUUCCCAUUCAUUUUAAUGGCAUACCAUAUAUAUGGCUCGGUACAAAGAAUUACCAAUGCCACCAAGGGAAAGACAGAGGUAUCUCUAUAAAAAAGAAAUACAAACAAGAUCGAGAAGAAAAACUUCGUGGUGACCACCCCGAAUGUGUUAGAACGAGAAAACUGGCACAACACACCAAGAAGUUGGAUUGUCCUGUUGUAUUCAGCGUGAAGAAACUCCUACUGUUUCCUGGGUAUAAAAUCGAAAAAGAUUCUAAAUGGAACAGAACUGUUGCUUCAAAAAAAUUGAAAGGCGCAUUGGUGAAGUAUCACAUGAAAGAUGAUCAAUUAACAAUAGAGAGUCGAUUGCAGUAUAUAACGACAUUUCCAACUGAGACGCAUAGCAACCAUAAUAUGGGAGAGGCUGCUGGAUUAAUCGAACCAUUGGACCAACGAGUUGCUAAUUAUAUGAAACAAUUAAUUAGAGGUGGUUGUCGAAAAACAAGAGACGAUGAGCAUAAAAAAUGGAGAUGCUUGGCAUGUUAGGACGGACAUUUCUUUUAGUUGUACCUAUAUUUUUUAGAUUUAGAGUUUUUCUUAUCAACAACAAACCAUGACACAACACACCUAAUUUCCUCCUUUUCCAUGAUAAAUAUUUCCGUACGGAAGAAACACAAGGGACCGUGAAGUCGAGGCGCGGGACUGGCGGCAAGACGAAUUUUGAAAAGUCGUCAAAAAAUAUCGACCAACUUUCACCGAUACAAACUAGCCACCACCGCACCUGACCUGAGCUCGUGAUAUUUUGCGGACCGUCUGGGAACAAGCUUGAAAUCAAGAACACAGGGCCGAUGUGAUCAGU